AUGACGAAACAAGAAAUAAUCUCAGAAUCUCAGAAUCUCAGAAUCUCAGAAUCUCAGAAUCUCAGAAUCUCAGAAUCUCAGAAUCUCAGAAUCUCAGAAUCUCAGAAUCUCAGAAUCUCAGAAUCUCAGAAUCUCAGAAUCUCAGAAUCUCAGAAUCUCAGAAUCUCAGAAUCUCAGAAUCUCAGAAUCUCAGAAUCUCAGAAUCUCAGAAUCUCAGAAUCUCAGAAUCUCAGAAUCUCAGAAUCCUAG